UUGCACUGUGGUCUAUUGCAUAAAUUGCAAAUAAAACAUUGCAUCUAGAAGUUGCAACAAAGUAAAGUCAACGCCUGAAUCAAUGACCAUGAAAUGAACUAGUCCUAUCAGUCCUGUGAUCUCAUCAGCAGGUGGCGCUGUGUAAACAUUCAUCGUAUUCACCUGGAAAUUCCUCCCCAUACCAGAUUUAAAAUAAUAAUAAUAAUACUAAGAAAAAUGUUUCAUAUGUGGGUUCCUAAUUAGGCGUGAUUUGUUUUUUGCACGCUUAAUAUGAGGAUUAUUGGCGCGUAUAUUUUUAGAUAAUCUCAUAUGUAACGCGCAUGUCUUUCUAAUAUCCAAGACGAAUCCAUUAAAAUAGAGCAAAAAUAAACAAGUAGACCUCGACGAAAUUGAUUUUACGUAAGAAAUUAAAUGACAUAACACAACACUGAACCUUCUUGCACUGUUAAUGUGUGUGUGAGUUAUUUCCACCAUCAUUUAGUACCGCGACACGCCGAAGGAUGGAGCCAGCAUGAGAAUCUGGGAAACUCUGCUGCUGAGCGUAAAGGGGCUGGUUCGGAGCUGAACAACAUCCCUCUCGGCCGUGCCAGGUGUGUUCAAACCUGUAGCAGACAAACGCUCAGCAGAUGUCUCUGCACUCAGUCACAACGGGGUGGAUCUCAGCCGCUCCCGCCCGUCUGCUCUCAGCCUGCCCACAGGUAGGAGCGAUUCUCGCAAACUGCGCGACGCCUCAGCGACAGACGCUCCUCAAUCCGCCGCAAAGUGAGUGAUUUUAAGCCGACUACGUCUUUCUUCGAUUUAUUGCUACCCGGAAGGCUCAUCCAGAUACAAAUUGUGGACGCGGUUGUGAAGAGCAAGAGCACAUCAGCUGCAUUGUCUUGUUUGUAACCACCUCGACGGUAUCAACUCUGUUGCUUUACGCACAAGAAGCGCUUGGAAUCGCCACAAUUACAAGGACUGACAGGAGCGUGAAGCUUUGACUCGCCAUACCUCAGCAUCAGACCCCAGCAGGUGACCAUCAUAAAUGUCAAGAGGAUGAAAUCCCCCGCAGGUCGACAGAAUAACUCCUGGGGGUUCAUCGGGCUGCGUCACUUCACGCUUAUUUAACAAGCACAAACUGAGGCGCCUCUCGUCACUUUGAUUAAUUCUUUCAUAAAAAAAAAAAAAGGAGACAGAUCAUGUCCAGAACACUGAAGAAGAAGAAACACUGGUCCACCAAAGUGGUGGAGUGCGCCGUGUCAUGGGGGAGCCUGGGAGACUUCGGCUCCGUGGUGGAGAUCCUGGGAGGAGCGGAGCUCGGACAGUUCCCCUACAUUGGCCAGAUGAAGCUGGACGUGCUGGUGUGUCACGUCGGAAAGCUGCCGUACUACGGGGACGUCCUGCUGGAGGUGAACGGCACGCCCGUCAGCGGGCUUACGAACCGUGACACCCUGGCUGUCAUCCGCCACUUUCGGGAGCCGAUUCGCUUGAAGACCGUCAAACCAGGCAAAGUGUUGAACACAGACCUGCGCCACUACCUCAGUCUGCAGUUUCAGAAGGGCUCGCUCGACCACAAACUCCAGCAGAUCAUACGAGACAACCUCUACCUACGCACCAUACCCUGUUCUCUGUGGCUUUCUCACAACCCCACAUUCACAGAUGAUGACACAGUGCGAGACUGGCCUCUGUGUUUCUGCGGGCUAACCUUUAACUGUCUUUUUCUAUUUUUAUUCCCCUUUUUUUAUCAUGUCCAUCCACUCUCUCUAGAGCACAAGGACUGGAGGAAAACGGUGCCCAGCUACAAUCAGUCCAGCAGCACCAUGGACUUCCGUACAUGGAGCUCUCUUCCCCGCGAUGACAGCCUGGAACCCCUGCCUUACAACUGGGAGAUGGCUUACACUGAAACUGGCAUGGUCUACUUCAUAGAUCACAAUACAAAGACGACCACAUGGUUGGACCCCCGCUUGGCGAAAAAGGCGAAGCCCCCAGAGAAGUGUGAGGACGGCGAGCUACCGUAUGGCUGGGAAGAAAUUGAUGACCCACAAUAUGGCACGUACUACGUUGACCACAUCAAUCAGAGGACCCAGUUUGAGAACCCAGUUCUGGAGGCAAAGAAGAAGCUAAGCAAAGACACUGCUUCGAUUCAACAAGCUGCAGCUGCAUCUUCUCAAGGUAAGGRAAGUAUGCUUGGAUUUACAGCAGACCCCAGCCAGCUGAAGGGGGAGAUGUACCACACAGCUCUGAAGAAAAGCUCCCAGGGCUUUGGAUUUACUAUCAUCGGAGGCGACCGUACAGACGAGUUUCUUCAGGUGAAAAAUGUUCUCAGCGAUGGCCCUGCUGCCCAGGACAACAAGAUGGCAUCUGGGGAUGUGAUUGUUGAAAUUAACGGGACAUGUGUUCUGGGAAAGACCCAUCCAGAGGUGGUGCAGAUGUUCCAGUCCAUCCCCAUCAACCAAUACGUAGACAUGGUUCUUUGUCGCGGGUACCCUCUGCCUCCGGAUGUAGACCUGAACAAUGACGACCCCCUUCCUCCUCCACCCCUUCCACCAGCUACUCAGCCACAGCAGCCUCUCCACGGUGGGGAGGUGGUGACAGCUGUGCCGCUCAUCAACGGACAACCACUGUUAGUCAAAGGCGACGUCCUGCAUGGCUCUUCACAGGAACUGCACUAYGUUACCACCGACGCAAGCGGUCGGCCUGUUGUAGCUGCCUUGCCCAACGGGCGACAGCCCGACCAGGGAGAGGGCGCCACAGGAAUGCUGCAACCAGAGCUGGUGAGCGUACCACUGGUGAAGGGGCCUGGAGGAUUUGGGUUUGCCAUUGCUGACUGUCCUCUGGGCCAGAAGGUUAAAAUGAUUCUGGAUGCCCAGUGGUGCCGUGGACUGCAAAAAGGAGACGUAAUCAAGGAGAUCAACAGGCAAAAUGUUCAAAGUCUCAGUCAUGCACAAGUGGUGGACAUCCUGAAAGACUUUCCUGUGGGCAGUGAGGUCAGCGURCUGGUAUUGAGAGGAGGUCAGACAUCCCCUGUAAAGACUCUGAAGCCUAGACAGGAAAUGACAGCAAGCACAGAAACCUUGGACACCAUCGCAGACUCAACCCCCCAGGCCUUGCCGUACCACUCCAACACGAGCACCCUACGUUCAUCUGACUCCCCCAAGCGAGAUGCCACAGAGAUGUACCUGAAGUCCAAAGCCCUGCUGGAGAGCAGGCAGCCUCACACCAAAGACAUAGAUGUUUUUCUGAAGAGAGACAUUGAAACAGGCUUCGGCUUCCGAGUUCUGGGAGGAGAAGGCCCACAACARCCAAAUGUGUUUCCCCAGGUUUACAUCGGGGCCAUCGUGCCCAGCGGAGCUGCAGAGAAGGACGGACGCCUCAGAGCAGGAGAUGAGCUCAUUGGCAUCGACGGAGUGAUGGUCAAAGGUCGGUCUCACAAGCAAGUUUUGGACCUGAUGACCAAUGCAGCCCGUAACGGUCAAGUCAUGCUGACUGUUCGUCGGAAGGUCAUCUACAGAGAAGCAACAGAUGAAGACAUUCAGGAAAUGACUCCUGUGCUGGUGAACGGUUCUCCAAAGCUACCUCGCCUGCCAAUGCCUAGCGCUCUGGACCACGAGUCUUUCGAUAUCACACUUCACCGCAAAGAGAACGAGGGCUUUGGCUUUGUUAUCCUCACAUCAAAGAGCAAACCCCCAUAUGGUGUUAUCCCUCACAAAAUUGGACGUAUCAUUGAAGGCAGUCCRACUGACCGCUGCGGCCUGCUCCACGUUGGGGAUCGUAUCUCAGCAGUCAAUGGCCGCUCCAUCAUUGAGCUCUCUCACAAUGACAUUGUUCAGCUUAUCAAGGAGGCUGGCACUGUCGUCACUCUCACUGUGGUUCCUGAAGACGAAUAUAAGGGCCCUCCAUCGGGAGCAAGUUCAGCUAAACAGAGUCCAGCUCUGCAACACAGGCCCAUUGGACAAAGGUCAGCUCUUCAUGAUGAACGUUAUAACCUGGACAUGGAGGACAAAAGGGAUGGAGUCAACUGGUCUGACCAUAAAACUCUUCCACCUGGUGAGCAGGGAACGCUGUGUGUGACAGGACCCAACCAGGGUUGUCUGACUGUGGAGCUGGAGAGAGGCCCCAGAGGCUUUGGUUUUAGUUUGCGCGGGGGCACAGAGUACAAUAUGGGCCUGUAUAUCCUGAGGCUUGCAGAAGAUGGACCAGCUCAGCUGGACGGAAGAAUACAUGUUGGAGAUGAGAUAGUGGAGAUUAAUGGGGAGCCGGCUCGUGGCAUUUCCCAUACACGGGCAAUUGAUCUGAUUCAAGCUGGAGGAAACAAAGUKGUGCUGCUGCUGCGACCUGGCGCAGGCCUGGCCCAGGAUGGAAAUCGAUGUUAUCAAAAAUCCAUGUCACCCACAAGUUAUUCUGAGGAGGUGUUUCUUUCUGACACAUCACCUCAGUCCUCUCCAUAUCCCACUGGGGCUUCCGCUUUUUUUUCUUCAACUUUAUCAGGCAAACUGAAACAUCCGCGCAGCGGGAGCACUAAAUCCCUGCAAGGCCAUGAGCCCCGUCACAGCAAGGGUUUGGGCUCGUUGGAAGAGAGUGAUGAGUGGGCAGAAAAGAAGAUCAACAGGCUCUCUCCCCUUCUUAAUGAUCAAUCGAAGUUCUCCAAGAGAACCAGGUCCAUAACAGACUCCAGAGAGUUAAGCAGCCCAAAGAAAACAGGGGAGACAUUUCCUAAAGCCAAAGAGCAACAUCAGAGUCCCAAAAUGACUGUGAGCCAGUCAGAGGAGGCAGCGCCAAGCAGGAGCAAAAUGCCUCAGAUGAGUAAUACAAAAAUAAAAACUGUUAACCACGAGAUGGCUCGACUUAGGCCUCAAUCGGUAUCAAACCUGCAGCAGAUGGAAAAUCAACAAGGGCAUCACAGGAGAAUAAAGGAUUCUUUCAGUAGAGAGAACUUAGGUWAUGAAAAUAAAAAUGAUGAGAAGGGAACUCCUAAGAUCAGAAGAUACACACUAGGAAAUGAUAAAAGAACAAGGCCUGGCCUUGAGAARGAAAGCUUUAAAAGAAGUGAGGGAGAGUUUCUUCGUCACAGGACACAGUCUGUUACAGUGAGGGAGAGCCAAACAAGUAGAAGCAAAGACUCCGAGCGCAGAGAAGUUAACGGCAACCCUGCAGAAAACAAGACUARCAGCAAAGACACUGGUAACAAAAGAGACUCGUUGUCAUUUUUUAAAGAUAUUUGGAGCAGAAAGGACUCUAAAACUUCACCACAGGAGACAAAAGGAAGAGAUGGUAAAUCAUCUAACUUCAAAGAACGCCGUAAUAAAGAGGACUUAGUGGCCUCUACAGACAGCAUUCCAGGGACCACCCAGACUCAAAAGGGAACUGUUGGCCCUGGGCCUUGGAAAGUACCAAGUUCUGCCAAAAUCCUCACCAAAGCAGAAGUCCUCCGUGACCCUCAGUGACAGAACAUGAAAUUACCCUGACACACAAACUGCUACUAAAUCUUUACAAUUUCAUCAUAUUAGUGGGUUCUUUGUCAGAGAUCUUCCAUGAAACAGAGAUGUGCAACAUGCUGACCUGUUGUCAUUAUCCUUAGAUUGUGGUCAGAUGUAUAUUUUGGGAGUAGUAUGAUAUCACGUGACAUGUAGCACUUCCCUCUGCCUUGUUCGCUGCUUCAGCAUCUUCAGUGUAGGACUUCAGCACAUGCGGCACGCUUGGGGCCUUGUCAGAAAAA